CAGACACAAAUCCUUUAUUUCUCUUCAGAGCACUUUCAGCUGUUUGUCAACUUCUAUCAAGAACCGAUCUAAAAGAUCAGACAGAUUUUAAACCUUUGUGAUCCAUUUUAUUGCAACGUUUUUUAGUUUUCUUAAAGCUGCUCAAAGUCCUGUAAAAGAAAAUGCUGCCUGCAACCUUCAAACUGUGUGCUGGCAUCUCUUACCGGCAUAUGAGAAACAUGACAGGUUUGAGGAAGAAUGCCUUGGUGGCCUUUCACCAUGAGCUGAGCAGACUGGCAGGUCCAGGCCCCACUAACUGGAUCAACCAUGUUCGCAGACGAAGCUCCCUGCUCAGUUCUCGGAUUAAAGAGGAGACUGGAUACAGCGAGGAGGAGAUGUCUUAUGUGAAGCAGGGGGAGAAUGCUCUGCAGAAGUCCAUCAACAUCCUCAGUGAGCAGGAAGGCUGGACCACUGAAACUGUUGCUGCAAACGGAGACAAAGUCCUGAGUAAGGUGUUGCCUGACAUCGGGAAGGUGUUCAAGCUGGAGGUGAUGCUGGAGCAACAUUCUGACAACCUUUAUGAGGAGCUGGUGGGGAACAUUGAGCAAAUGGGGGAGUGGAACCCUAAUGUCAAACAAGUCAAGAUCCUCCAAAAGAUCGGGAAGGACACCAUGGUGACUCAUGAGAUGUCUGGGGAGACGCCCGGCAACGUUGUGGGACCAAGGGACUUUGUCAGUGUCCGCUGUGUCAAACGCAGGGGCUCCGCCUGCUUCCUGGCUGGGAUGUCCACUCAGCAUCCAAAAAUGCCCGAGCAGAGGGGGGUAGUCCGGGCGGAGAAUGGGCCUACCUGUAUAGUUAUGAAGCCGUGUGCCGAAGACCCGAAUAAGACCCAGUUCACCUGGUUACUGAGUCUAGACUUAAAGGGCUGGAUCCCAAAGACAAUCAUAAACAAAGUGCUCUCUCAGACGCAGGUGGACUUUGCCAACCACCUCAGGCAAAGGAUGGCUAAUAAUGUUUCUAUGGAGAUGGCCCAUGCCUGCUGACACAAGAUGCCUCUUGAGCUUUGGCACAGUGCACUCAGCAGGGGGAGAAAAAGCAACCCCUGCUCAUUAAAAACCACAUGAAUCUGCUGAUAGCUGCUGAACAAAGUAAUAAAAGAAUUCAGAGAGCACUGAUGUGAUGAGAUGAAGGUGAUUCUCGUCUGAGAUCUUUGGAAAAUCCUGAGCAAAAAUGCUCAUUUUCGAUUUAAGAAUGUAUGUUUCUCUUGCCCUGAUGAAUAGAAAAUGACACCAAGCUUACCUUGAUUGUUUUUGUCACACUCAUCCACAUCACUCUGCUGCACCUUGGCGGACACACAGAGCCAGUGUGAAGAGUAAAACACAAGCGGAACACUGUUUCUCUGAUCACAUUUAUUGUCCCUGAAACUUUUCGUUUCUGUCUUUUAUUUAUUGCUAGUACAUCACAGUGGCUGCCAAGUGAAUAUAAAAAAACUACAAUGUCAUUGAUAUUUAUAUUGUUAUGUUUGUAUAAUGCUGUUGAACAAGAGCAUUUUGGAGAAUGAUUACUCUGUAACGUCCUGAUGCCUGACAACUUCAAUAAAAGCUCAUCCAAUA